GAGCUUCCUCUGCGUCCCGUAGCUCAUCUUCAGUCCACGGAGUCGGUCGCAUCUUUCACCGGGAGCAGGACGCCAUGUCCGCCUGAGCCUCUGCUCCUCCUGCCGGGGACUCCUCUCCUCUGUUCGGAUACUCGCUGCAUGGACACUUUUGUCUUUCAAAGUUCUAAAAACUUCUCCGAGUGAGUUUUUAGUGGUGAAGUCAAGUGACCGGUGGGGGGUGAAACGUGCGCUCGUGCACUUUUGAGCGCGUGCUCGUGUCCGUUUGCGUGUGACAGGAGGAAGGCUGGUGAAAAAGCUCCGGGAGAGAGUGUUUUUGAGCCAAUGCGUCCGGAGCGUCCUGAGACAGCGCAGGAAGACCGGAGACUGGGUCGAGGAGACGCGGACGUAGGAGCUUGGGUCAGCGGGGUCUGCGGGGACGUUGACGUCUCCUGUCCCCCCCCCCCUCAACACCGAGAUUUCUACUUCCUGUGACAACUUCACAUCAUGCCUGAGGGGUCACGGCGUGGCAGCCAGCGAUCGCCCAGUACCACAGCCACCAAGCGUCCCUCCUCAGUCUCGUCUCUGAGUGGGAUUGUGGGUAGGAUGAUGUCGUCUGGCGACCGUGGAGCCUCGUCCUCCUCCUGCACCUCUGUGAACACCGUAUGCUCGGACGGCGAGCGCCCUGCCUCCCUCUCGUCCUCCACCUCCUCAGCAUCUCUUCACGAUGCCUCCCAUUCUUCCUCCUCCUCCUCCUCCUCACUGCCGUACGGUGCCGUGCCGACCUACAACGCCUCCUCGUCCUCCUCCAUGCCGAAGAGGAAUGGCUCAGACAUCAGCCUGGACCUCACUCCCUUGGUCACAACGCAAGGUGGAAGAGGAGGAGUCUGUGUCGCCAGGGCGACAGGAGCAGGCUAUUCUGCUGACGGACAUGUAGCCAAUGCAAGCGCAGCAGUGACGGCAGCCACGCCCCGGCAGCUUUCACGGCUGGAGAGAGUCGUGAUGGAGAUCGUAGAGACAGAACAAGCAUACGUCAGAGACCUGAAGAGCAUUGUUGAGGACUACCUCGGCUGCAUCAUUGACUGCGGCACUCUGCCCUUAAAUCCGGAGCAGGUCAGCACUUUGUUCUGCAACAUCGAGGACAUCUACGAGUUCAACAGUGACCUGCUGGAGGAUCUAGAGAGGAGUCCUCAUGCUGUGGCCAUUGCUGAGUGCUUCGUAGAACGGAGUGAAGCCUUUGACAUCUACACAUUAUACUGCAUGAACUACCCCAACUCGGUGGUAGUAUUGAGGGAGUGCAUGAUGAAAAAUGAAAGUCUAAUUCGCUUCUUCCAGGAGAGACAGACAACUCUGAACCAUUCAUUACCUCUUGAGACAUACCUGCUCAAACCAGUGCAGAGGAUCCUCAAAUACCACUUGCUUCUACAGGAACUCUCAAAGCACUUUGACAAGAGUGCUCCUGGAUAUGAGGUCAUCGAGGAUGCCAUCAUCACCAUGACAGCGGUUGCCUGGUACAUAAAUGACAUGAAGAGGAAACAGGAACAUGCUGUGCGGCUGCAGGAAAUUGAGUCACUGCUGGUGAACUGGAGUGGGCCAGACCUCAGCGGAUUUGGAGAGCUGGUUCUUGAGGGUUCCUUCAAGGUCCACCGAGUGAAGAAGGAGCGCGCGUUCUUCCUGUUCGAUAAGAUGCUUCUGAUCGCCAAGAAGAAGCUGGACCAGUUUGUUUACAGCACGCAUAUAUUCUGCUGUAACCUGCUGCUGGUGGAGACGCUGAAGGAUCCGCUGUGUUUCAAAGUGUCCGACCAGACGAUUCCCAAACAGCAGCACACUGUCCAGACAAAGAACCAGGAGGAGAAGCGACUGUGGGUGCACUACCUCAAGAGACUGAUAGUGGAGAACCAUCCUGCUUCACUCCCACAGAAGGCAAGACAAGUCUUGGGAGACAACUUCAGUCAAUCGCCUCAUUUUGCACAGGACAACCUGAAGAAGUCGUCUGCCUCCCCGCGACUCGACGACAUUCACGGCUAUCACAGAGGCAGACGCCAAUCAGGUCAGGAGCCUCCAGAGCUGCUGAUGUACACACCUGAAAAAUCCAGGAAGAGUCUGCCACUGCUGCUGGAAGGAAACCUGCCAUACAGACGCACCAGGAGACAGUCAGCUCCAGCUAAAGACAUUGAAGCAGCAUUUCAUCCCAAUGGUGAGAAAUUCUCUGAGUCACUUUUCAAAAAUUUAGUUUGA